AUGUCCCACAAUCAGCCUUACGACCCAUAUGAACCAAAUAACAAGAUCAACCAGGUCCAACAGGAGAUCGAUGAUACUGUCAAUAUCAUGAGACAGAAUAUCGACCAAGUGAAUCAACGUGGUGAGAAUCUUGAUAGCUUGCAAAAUCAAGCCAGUGACUUCCGUACUUCCGCAGGGGCUUUCAAGAGCGGUGCUAAUGAUGUCAGAAAACACUUCUGGUGGCAAAACGUGAAGAUGAAGAUGUGCUUGAUUGUUGCCGUGAUUGUGUUGCUUAUUGUGAUUAUUGUGCCAAUUGCCGUUCACUUCAAAUGA